GCAUUAUCUCCUACAGGCCACAGCUAUAAAUUUUCACCCUCUGCCCCUUUUAUAAGACACAUCACACACAUCAGAUCACUGCAAACCAAUCUCACCAUAGAAAUGGCCGACCGUAAUUCUUCGCAACCUCUUGCGCUACUUCUUGCCGUUUUAGCUUUGUCUUUAUGCAGCCCUUGUUAUGGAGGAGCUAUAACCAUCUACUGGGGCCAAAAUGGGGGUGAAGGCACAUUAGCAGACACAUGUGCUUCAGGAAACUAUCAAAUUGUAAACAUAGCUUUCUUGUCUGGUUUUGGCAAUGGUCAAGCUCCAGUGCUGAACCUAGCAGGUCAUUGCAACCCUGAUGCCAACACUUGUACCAGGUUCAGCUCCGAUAUUAGAGCUUGUCAAGGUCAAGGCAUCAAAGUCUUUCUGUCUAUUGGAGGUGCUACUCCUACCUAUUCUCUCUCAUCUUCUGAUGACGCAACUCAACUCGCGAACUAUCUCUGGAACAAUUUCUUGGGCGGUUCUUCUUCGACGCGCCCAUUGGGCGAUGCAGUUUUAGAUGGUAUUGAUUUUGAUAUCGAGAAAGGCUCGAACCAAUUCUGGGAUGUUCUUGCUAGAACCCUUAAAGGGUUCGGUCAGGUUUCUUUAUCGGCUGCACCGCAAUGUCCAUUUCCCGAUGCUCUAUUGGGCACCGCGAUAAACACCGGUCUAUUUGAUUUUGUGUGGGUUCAGUUCUAUAACAAUCCUGGAUGUCAAUACACUGAUAAUGCUAACAAUUUGUUGAGUUCGUGGAAUAAUCAAUGGACCACAAUUCCAUCAAAUCAGGUGUUUUUGGGGCUACCGGCGGCUCCUGAGGCAGGCCGUGGAUUUAUCCCGGCAGAUGUUCUGAUAUCUCAGAUUCUUCCAUCUAUCAAGAAUUCUCCUAAAUAUGGAGGAGUCAUGCUCUGGAAUAAGUUUUUUGAUAACGGGUACAGUUCAUCUAUAAAGGGCAGCGUUUAAUAAUAUAAUUAUGUUUUAAUUAGUGUAUACCUAUCUAAUUAGUAUUAUAAUUAUAUAGAGUAAAAUAAAAGAAAUUUUCUAGAUGGGAAAUUAGCAUUGACAAUUUCUAUUUCUCUUUCAUCCAUGUGAAAAGGAUGACUCUACUGUAUUGCGUUUAUUUAUACAGAUUCAUUAUAAUUAAUGUAUUGACUAUUUAUGCAUAAUAAUGUUCUAUUAGUGAUUGCAUAAA